GGGAACUUUGCCACGUCACUGUGUGUCAGACGCAAACACCCACCGUGGUGGUGUGGCCAUUCAAAAAUGCUUCAUUUCGCAAGCGAAUUAUAUUGCUUGACCUACUCGGCAUUUUGUAGAAGAGUUUAACUACGAAGCUACCUUAAUUUGUUGCGGAAAUUCCACUCGGUCGUUUAUUCUUGGUUGCUGUUUACCGGCCAAGGUUGUGGAAUGCUGCUGGACGAGACUCCAUUGUUUGAUCCUUGUCUGCUUCGGGAGUUAGAUUGGAGCAACAACAGUGUCUCCUUCUCCCCCCUCAUCUCGCCCUCCAACCCGGGCCAAGGCUUGGUGCUCAGACCCCUCUGCCCUGCCGACUUCAACAGGGGGUUCUUUAAGGUUCUAUCUCAAUUAACCGAGACGGGUGAUGUCACCGCAGACCAGUUUAUAAAAAAGUUUGAACACAUGAAGAAAACAGGGGACUACUAUGUGGUGGUGGUAGAGGACACCAAUCUUGGACAAAUAGUGGCAACGGCCACUUUAAUCACGGAGCAUAAAUUCAUUCAUUCUUGUGCAAAGAGAGGCCGAGUGGAGGAAGUAGUGGUUAGUGACGCGUGCAGAGGCAAACAGCUGGGAAAAUUGUUAAUGUCCACACUGACACUACUCAGCAAAAAACUCAAUUGCUAUAAAAUCACACUGGAAUGCGCAUCCAAAAACGUUGCUUUCUAUCAAAAGUUCGGUUACGGCGCUUCAGACGAGACUUACAUGCAGUGUCGCUUUUCCAACUGAGGAACUCUGGGCUCCGAGCGCAACUUUCCACGCUGACCUCUGACGUCAGACGAGGAGAACAUUAUCGUGAUUCGGAGUGCGUCAUAACCGAGUCAUCUUGAAGAGUAACAUCCUGACUUCACAGCUGAAGUAAACUAAAACAUGUGUUGAACCCCCGCCCCACCCCAUCCUUUUUUUUUGGGGUAACCGUGGCUACCUCACUACAGCAGAACUGAACACGGGAUCAUCAAUGUCUGUAAAUGUUUUUUUUUUUUUUUUUUGUUACAAUGGUAACAAACUUUGAAUGAAAUCAGCCAGGCAUUUAGCUAUUUCCUUGAAGCAUCCAAUAAUUCACCAAUAAAUCAUUGUGAAAGGCAAGUAACCAAAGAACAAUAAUCAGAUCUGAAAAAUGAUAAUGAUCUCGGUGAAGGUGUAAAUCCCAUAGGAUUUAAAAUCGGUGUAAACCAACAGAAGUUUGUGAAUAUUCAAUGUCAUUAACGGUUUAUUUUUGUAACGCUGCGACGAUUACAUUUGUGAUGGGUGGGACGGAUUAUUCAAAAGUUAGAUUUGUAAAUUCAUAUUUAAGUGAAUUUUCUUUUUUUUAGUUGGGCUUUGGGAAUGUAUUUAAUGUAAUUUAUUGCCAAAUAUGUACAAAAGUAAAUAAAACAGCAGUGAAAUACAGCAUA